CUCGCAGCGCGUUCUGAGAGCAAGCGCGGCUGCCUGGGCAGGGGGCGGACCCCCGCAGCUCAGGUUCGCGUCGCGCCUGCCCGGUUCCGCGGUCUCUCGGUCGCCAAAGUUCAGGGCCGUUGACUGCGAGGUUAGCCGGCGUUGGGUGUUGGCCAGGAAGAGAUGGAUGGCCAGUGUUACGUCAUCUAGCAUUUUUGCGCCCACUCCACGAAGUCCCCAUCCGAUCGGCAGCUGUUCCCCGGGAUACGCGGCACCGAGUCUUUAAUCGCAUUGGACUCCUCGGGCCGCCUGGGCGGUGUGGAGGCGGGGGAGAGAGGCCGCCCUUGGGGAUUUUGGCGGGAUGUUGCGGCAGCUCUUUCUCCGGCCGCCCUAGCGGCGGCCGGGCUUCACCUCUCCGACCGGCGACCGCCAGUGCCCGUGUCCCUGCCGCGAGGAUUGGGAGCGUGAGCUUGUGGGUCCGCCCGCGGGCCUGGAGGGCACGCACGCCGGGGACUCGGCGGUGUCGGCUCGCGGCCGGCUUCAGACAGACGAAGUCGUAGUUGUGCGGGAACCGGUACCUUUGAACGCACAGGCUGCGCCUUGUUUUGCGAACUCUGUGGGCGUGUAGGGGCAGGGCAAUGGACUGGGUGAUGUCUCCCAGUUCAUGGUGGUCGUCUCAGUUACGUAGCAGCCGGCUGCACGAAGGCCCCCUACCGGGGCAGACUUCCCGAGCAGCCUGUGGUCGGAAAGCCUCGGCCUUUGCUCAUGGAUCUUGGGCUGAGCGCGGGUGCCGGGCCAACAGCCGCUGGUUCCAUUGAACGCAUCGCCCCUUGGUCUGACAUCCCCCGCCAAACAGGAGAGGCCUGAUUCGAUUUAUUUCGCAGGACACUUACACCAUAUGGGAACCAAAGAAGAAUUUGUUCAAGUCAGAAAGAAGGACCUGGAACGACUGACAACGGAAGUGAUGCAAAUACGGGACUUCUUGCCCAGAAUACUAAACGGGGAAGUGCUGGAAAGCUUCCAGAAAUUAAAGACUGUAGAAAAAAAUCUGGAAAGGAAAGAGCAAGAGUUAGAGCAACUGAGAAUGGAUUGUGAGCACUUCAAAGCCCGCCUGGAAUCUGUGCAAGAGGACAGCGUGAGAGAGAAGAAGGAGAAACUGGCUCUUCGACAGCAGCUGAAUGAAGCAAAGCAGCAACUCCUGCAGCAGGCAGAGUACUGCACAGGAAUGGGCGCAGCAGCCUGUACCAUUUUGUGGGGUGUCUCCAGCAGUGAGGAGGUGGUCAAAGCCAUCCUGGGAGGAGGUAAAGCUUUGAAGUUUUUCAACAUCACUGGUCAAACAAUGGAGAGUUUUGUGAAGUCACUGGAUGGGGAUGUCAAGGAGCUGGAUUCUGAUGAAAAUCAGUUUGUUUUUGCUUUGGCUGGAAUCGUAACAAAUGUAGCUGCCGUAGCAAGUGGUCGUGAAUUCCUGGUUAACUCAAGUCGGGUGCUCUUGGACACCAUACUGCAGCUUCUGGGAGACUUGAAGCCGGGACAGUGCACCAAACUCAGAGUAUUAAUGCUGAUGUCCCUGUACAACGUGAGCAUCAAUUUGAAAGGCUUGAAGUACAUUAGUGAGAGUCCAGGAUUCAUCCCUUUGUUGUGGUGGCUUCUGAGCGACCCGGACACAGAGGUGUGUCUUCACGUGCUGCGCCUUGUCCAGUCUGUGGUGCUGGAGCCAGAAGUCUUCUCCAGGACGGCCUCGGAGAUCCGCAGCUCCCUGCCCCUGCAGCGCAUCCUGGCCAUGGCCAAGAGCCGCAACCCUCACCUGCAGGCCGUGGCCCAGGAGCUCCUGGAGGACCUGCGCACUCUGGAGCGUGAUGCGUAGGGGUGCUCAGCGCCGGCAUCCUCUCCCUGGGUCCCCACUUUGUCUUCUAAAGCCACCAGCCGUGUGCCAUGUGUUACAGAUAGCAAAUGUGAUGCCUAGAGACGGCUGUGUCCUGAGAUGUGCCCACCUGACUUGCUCCUGGAAGUGAACGUGCUUGUGGGUGGUGGGUUAAUCUUGCCGGAGGUGAGCCUGAGAAAGGGUCUAUUCUUCCGUGAAGACCCACGUCAGCUGCAUCCGGAAGAGGGCCUUCUCACAGUGGCUCCUGCUGCCCAGGAGACCCUGAGACCUGUCGGUUCCCCCUAAAAGCGGAAGGUUGAAUAACCGCCUACCCCGUUGGUCAGCGUUUUCCUGAGAUACCUUUCUUGAAAAACAGUUCAUUCGGCUCUCUAAUAAUUAUAAUUAAUUCCCCACCCCCCAGUUCAAGUUUACCUUUAAAUCUUUUGGUGAACCUGCUAUUUCAGUUGAUACUGGACAUUUUAGUUCUAUAUUUUUGUGCCUCUUUUAUUUUUGAGUAAAGAAAGUCAGAAGAAUCAUUGGUGUGCUACAAUUAUUGUUUUCUGAAGUAUUAUAAACUUGAUGUUAGGAAGGUAUAUAUUACAAUGAAUACGCGUGGUUGGUGGAAAAAUCUCUCCUUACGUUGUUCCGGGUCCUUUGGCUGUAAGCUCAGGAGUCCAGUUUUUCUAUAACAGUAUCAUGACGAGGGCCUCCUAGAUUAGAGCACGUGCAGCUGCUUGGAGUUCUUUAAACAAUGUGCACGCGUAUGUGUACCAGGUCCCCUCAUCAUGUGUCCUUCUCAACCGCAGAGAACAGAGGAGGAUGUGCUCCAUUUCUCACAGGUGCCACAACGUGUGAGUGCGGUUCCCUCUCUGGCACUCCUGGAGGCAUAGCAGUGCCUCAGGAUGACGCUGCAGGCCAGUGGUCUCUGGGCAUCCUGUAGGAGCAAAAACACUUGCAGGCGUCCCAUACACAUUUGUAUGCUGUUUCUGCUUGCGUGGCAGUUUGGAAUAACUUCAUGUUUCUUUUGUAGGCAAUGUGCAGUUUAUGGCUAAGGCUGAAUGAAGGCGCUUACAGGAAGGCACAGUUGCUUGAAUUUCACGAGCCGACAUAUUGUGGAACCUGGCUCAUCAGAACCAGAGAAAUGUUGUAAAAGGCAGUUUAAAAUUCACGGAGGCAGAAAUUGGUCCAUCUGUGCUGUGUGGCUCUGUAGGUCCUGUUGAUUGGCAAAUAAAAUUGAGAAUGUUGUGUUUUUGUUCUUUUCUAGCAUAGUAUCAUUUUCAUUUUGGUUAUUUGUUUGAUAAGGUAACAGGAGAUAAACUAGUAUAAUUAGUUGUGCUGCCUCUAGAAAUGCAGGGUCUUUUUCCUGCCAAAGAUGGGAUCAGUGGCUUAUAGAGAAAAAUGAAACCGGGCCAAACCCAUGAAUGUUGCAUAGUUUAGGUAAUUAGUAGAUGGAUGUGAUUAAGAAGGAUACGUUUUUCUUCCUCCUAAUUUUAAAGUGCUAAGGAUAGCAAGAGUUCUUAUGAAAACUCCUUAAGCAAGAAACAUGUCAUCUAUGUGGAAUCUAAAAAAAAUGGUUCUGAAGAAGCUAGGGGCAGGACAGGAACAAAGAUGCAGAUGUAGAAAAUGGACUUGAGGACAUAG